ACGACAGCAUCAGUUCAGCCACAUACCCACACGGCCAGCCAUCCUCAGCGUCGACUUCGGUACAUUCGUUGAUCCAAACUGCUCCUCCCAGUAGCGGGGUAUCUCCUGUCCUCAUGACUCCCUCCACUGAUCGUCUGGCGAAGUACACACACGAAAAACUUAUGCCUUUCCCCGGGAUCAAGAAGCUGCAAGAGCAAUGGAACCACCGUCAACCCCUCUUUUCGUCUACUCCUGAUAUCAUUCUGUCGCAUCAUGUUGAGGCUGAUAUACCGCUGCCAUCGAGUUCUUCUAGUAAUACCCCUUCCAAUUCUCCUGAGAUAAAUGGGGAUAGAAAGUUAUCACACCAGGCAUCAGAUACCCAUCUGUUGCAUAUCUACAAGGCUCAAGCACCGCCGCUUUCUGCGUCUGCAUCCACAUCCUCUCAUGACCACUACCAGCAUGACAGUCCCCAUUCGCCAUCCUCCAUCAUGCUGAAAUCCCUUCCGACCAACCGAGAUGGGGUCCGGAGAUGGCUUAACGCCAGGAAAUUGUUCCCUCAGCCUUCACAGUCGCCGGUAGGCAACUCGCCUCCGAUGCCUAGUCCCGAGCAGAAACCCGCAGUAGCGUCGAAGAAGCCAUCGCUCUCUGACCUACUCCGAUUGCGGAAGAAGAAUGAUUCGUCCGCCGAGCUCCACGAUGAACGGGUAGAUGCUGAUCGUGCCAACACUGAGUCGAUUGAUCCCCAAGUCAGGGUAGAGACUCCCUCCAGGCGCGAAGGUAGCACAUGGAGCAAUAUCGUCCAUACUCUGCCGAGGAGCGCUUCAAGUAAAGGACGCCGGUCUCGGACAAACUCAAUUGUGACAAGCAGGAGAAGACAGCACACCGACUCCACCCACUCCAGCUCCAGCUCCAGCCGGGAGAGUGGAGCGAGUCAUUCAAGCCUGAAUAUGUGACAAAGCUACUCAAAGCAAUGUAUUGUAGGGCAUCACAACAAUCUUCGUAUAUCUGCUGACUGCUUUUACAUCAUGGGGAAUAUUUGCAUUGUUGAGCAAAGAUGAAUUUACAAUCACACCAGCCACUA